AUGGGUCGCAGUCGCUCCCGAUCUCCGCGGAGGGAACGUAGGCGGUCCCGGUCCACUUCGCGGGAGAGAGAACGCAGGCGCCGGGAAAGGUCUCGGUCCAGGGAGAGAGAUCGUAGAAGGAGCCGCUCUCGAUCCCCGCACAGAAGACGCUCCCGGUCCCCAAGACGUCAUAGAUCCACAUCUCCUUCUCCUUCUCGACUGAAAGAAAGAAGAGAUGAAGAUAAGAAAGAAACAAAGAGCAAAGAACGUCAGAUAACUGAGGAAGAUUUAGAGGGCAAAACAGAAGAAGAAAUAGAAAUGAUGAAGAUAAUGGGAUUUGCCUCCUUUGACUCAACAAAAGGGAAAAAGUUGGAUGGUUCUGUAAAUGCCUAUGCCAUAAAUGUGUCUCAGAAGAGGAAGUACAGGCAGUACAUGAAUCGCAAAGGUGGAUUCAACAGACCUUUGGAUUUCAUUGCGUGA